GGGUCCCGGGGAAAGGCAGCGGGUGGGAGCGGGGUCCGGUGCCGCCGGCGCAGCGAUUCUGAGAGGAGCCGCUGCUCUCGCACAGCUGGGUCGCAGCUCCCGCCGCCGCCAGCUGUCCGGGCGCGGAAGGAGUUUUAUCUUUGUUCUCCAAGACAUUCCAGCAGCUGUGCGUCUUUUAUUCCUACGAAUCUCUGCAAAGACAAGUUAUGUCAACAGCUGCUCUAAUUAAUUUGGUACGAAAUGGAGGGUAUCAAGUAAGAAGGAGAGCCGUGCUGACGUCCCGCCUCUUGCAAGACGAGAAGCGUCCGACAGCUGCAUGCUACAGCUUCACCUCUGAGCGCCGGGCUUCCCGCUUCGAUUCAGACGGGAGCGGGCGACCGACCACAUGGGACACUUUUGGCAUCUGGGACAACCGCAUUGACGAACCUAUUCUCCUCCCACCAAGCAUAAAGUAUGGCAAGCCGAUUCCAAAAGUCAGCCUGGCCAAGGUGGGCAGCGCUACCCACAUUGGGAAGCGGAAGGAAAACGAAGACCGGUUUGAUUACGCUCAGCUGACAGAGGAUGUCCUGUACUUUGCUGUAUACGAUGGACAUGGUGGGGCAGCAGCAGCGGACUUCUGUGAUAAGUACAUGGAAAAAUAUAUUAAAGAAUUUCUUGCUCAGGAGGAGAACUUGGAAAAUGUUUUGAACAAAGCUUUUCUAGAAAUAAACCAAGCAUAUGAAAGACAUGCUCAGAUGGCUGCUGAUGCAACUCUGAUGAACGCUGGGAGCACGGCAACAGUGGCCCUGCUCCGGGACGGUAUCGAGCUGGUUGUGGCAAGCGUGGGAGACAGUCGUGCUCUGCUGUGUCGAAAGGGAAAGGCCAUGAAACUCACCAUUGACCAUACUCCCGAAAGAAAGGAGGAGAAGGAAAGGAUUAGGAAGUGCGGUGGCUUCAUUACCUGGAACAGUGUGGGACAACCUCAUGUGAAUGGUAGACUUGCAAUGACACGGAGCAUAGGAGAUUUGGAUCUUAAAAACAGCGGUGUGAUAGCCCAGCCAGAAACAAAAAGGGUUCAGUUACAUCAUGCAGACGACAGCUUUCUGGUCCUUACUACAGACGGUAUUAACUUCAUGGUAAACAGUCAGGAGAUCUGCGACUUUGUGAACCAGUGCCAUGAUCCUACUGAAGCUGCCCACCUUGUUAUUGAGCAGGCAAUACAAUUCGGCACCGAAGACAACAGCACGGUUGUCAUAGUGCCAUUUGGAGCAUGGGGAAAAUACAAAAGCAGUGAGAUCAACUUCUCCUUCAGCCGCAGUUUUGCUUCCAGUGGGAGGUGGGCAUGAAGACCUGCCACAGCUACCUUGUCCUCCUAUAACCUGGACACAGCAUGCUACAGGAGAACACAGCCAUCUGUUCAUAGGCUGACUCAGUGUCUUGUCCAUCUCUUCCGUUCCCAGUGUUAUAGAAGAUGCCGCUGCUCCCUCGGUGUGUAGUGCCUCAUUGCCUAUGGCUGAUUGCAUUUUGCAGGGUUUAUUUAUUCCAGUCAGCAUAGAGGCAGCUGUUUCUUUGGGUUUGUAGUCCCAGCAGCUCUAUACAUCACUUUGUUCACACAGAUGAGGCUCUGCGGUUUCACCUAAGGCUGGAGGUGGUGCAUGAUUGUUUCAUACCUACUUGUAUUACCCAGGACCUGUGGUUACCUGGCAGCUGCGUAAGUCUGAAUCUCUGAGCCGCAUGCUGGCUUCUUCAUAUGUUAACACACGGGAACAAACGCGUAAGUGUUCUUAGGUAGACAAAAAGCAGGUUUGUUGUCUUCCUCUGCUAUGCAGCCAGUCAAAACUCCCCUGUGCUUCAGGAGAAGCAGGUGAAAAAUAAGGGGGAAGUUCCAGAAGGGUUUAGUUGGUGAUGCCAGUGGCAUUUGGUGGAGCUGAACAGCUUCCUGAGACAGUGCUGCUUGGCAGGGCUUUAUGCUCUCACUGCCACUAUCUGUGAUCCUCUAGCUCCAAGGAGACGGAGCAGGCUGGAGGUAUGUGCCAUUGGACAGAUGGGAACAUCUCUCCAUGGGGUCCAAAGCCUGUGUGGUCUCUGUGGACCAUUCAGCAGCCCCUUGCACCGUGUUCUCUUUGGUGUGCCAGUGCUUGACAGGAGCACAGAGCAGCGAAAAAGCUGCACUUUUUUGAAAUCUAGAGACUCAUCAACUUGAAUUUUUUGUUUCCUUGUUUUUUGAAGGUAAACCAAGCGAUUUAAAAUAGUUUACUAAUUGAGAUUCUUUGGACGUGUAAGACAAGAGAGUUUAUUUCUUCAUAACUAUAUGAAGAUUUUCCUGCAUUCUGCUGAGGGUUUCUUUCAGUUAGUCGUGAUCUCCUGUGUCUGUGGUAUACAGGGAGCUGUAAAAUGCCCAAAGCAAGCAAGCUAGAGAAAAGAGACACAUUAUAAUAACACAAGGUAAUUUUUAUAAAUUUGGGGUAUUAUUUCUAGUAGGUGUCAGCUAUUUGGAUACCAGAAGGUAGUUUUAUACUUAAAGGAAGUGUUCCCACUUCCCUUUCCGGAGGGAGCCUGUGUCCACUGAGGCAUGGGGGGACCAGAGCUCUGAGCCAGCUGAGGUCACUGCUGUGACACAGACUGCAGGUGGCAGCGGGUGAAGAUCAGUCCCAGUGUGCCUUAUCCAGACCUCCUUCUGCCUCUGCUUCACAUCAAGCCUGCAGCUCCUGUGGCUUCCAGGUCACCCUGUUGCAACAAAAUACAGGCAGAGAAGAAUUGGACUCUUCUCAGGCUUGCCACAGUAUUUUUCAUUCUGUGGAUAUUUCCAACAGCACAACUGUAAAAACAAACAAACAAAAAGUGAAAGAAAAGUUGCUUGUUACUAAAUGACCUUGGAAUAAAGAACAAUUCCUGAGAUUCCUGGCCCAAUUCUCAUUUUCCAGCAUUAAGUACACAUCUUCAUUACUUUCAACCCUUUCUUUUCAAGCCCAGGGCUACACCGUGGGCAGUCAUUCCACAUGUGUUUUCUUGCCUCUGGUCAAGGGCCUGGGAGCACCUUGCAGAGCCCAGUGUUGUCUGACAGCAUGAAGUAGCAGGUGGUUAGAGAGUAUGCUGGUUUUGUCCCGUCACUUGGUGUGUUACAUGGUGUACACAACGUGUAUAUUUGGACUAGAGGUACAAAGAGCUUGUAAAUCAAUAUUUGUAAAUCUCUAUUGUAUUGGAUGCUGUUGCCCAGGCCUCCCUAACAGUUUACAAUAAUAAUCCCGUCUUUCUGCCCAGAUUUUCCCCACGGUUGGGGUUCAGUCUUCACCUGAGGUCAAAACGUUUGCUGGUUGUGGUCCUGGGCUCAGCCUUGCUUACCUGAGGCAGAAUGGCACUUUUAGUUCCAGCCAGCAAGAGCAGGUUCUCAGUCUGCAGCAAGUUGAAAGAUUCAUACAACCCUUUGUGGCAAAAAAAGAUGGCAAAAUGUGGCCUCUCCUGAGACGCUGGCCUAACAGAUUCAGAGAGCUGUUCCAGGAACAUGGCCGUGACCAGUUUGCACUGCAGCGUGCACAGCUGGCAGCAUUUCUCCGGUGAAAGAAGUGACCUGCUAAAACCAACAAGUCUGAUAGUUCGUAGCAAAGGGUUAACCACGAUGCACGGUGGCAGUCUGACUCUGGGCACAGGGAAGGGUUAGAGUCAAGCUCUGGACAGGGAGUUGCCACUGCGGGCAGCUUUGGUAUGAGGUGUCAGACAGGCAUGACCUGUGAUUUAGGGCUUUGGACAAGCUCCACGACACCAUCAUGUUCCAAAUGCUGCUCAUUUCAGCUCGGCCACCUAUCCAGACACAAGAUAUCAAGGGCACUGCGGGUGUUGGUGACACGUACAUGUUGAUUUUUUUUUUUGAGCAGUGCUGGAUCCUUGCCAAGCUGAAGACAUGGCAUUAAAUGUAGGCUGCUAAUGAAAAACACUGCAAAUGAAUAACAGGUGCUCUGAGGAAUAACCCAACAGUUAGCAUAGCUUCUAAGCAUUGACCCAGAUGUAACAUGAAAUGAGAGAUUUCUUAUCAUUCAAGGUUUUGGGGCUUUUCUGUUUUACCCCUAUGUGGUUGCCUGAUAUCAUAGAUAACAGAAGUGGUUGGGGGCUUUUACUUCUUCUAACAGAGUGGUUAUGCUAUCAGAGGAAGGAUCAAUCCAUAACUUCUUUUACAUUUUAUAAAGGAAGGGAUAAGGCAAAGCUUUGCAAACCAGAAGAUGGUUAGAUAAAGAUGUAUUGGCAGCUGUUAUUAGUGCCUUUAUACAAUCACAGAAAAACUUGUGUUGGAAAGGACCUUGAGGUGUCAUCUACCUUGGCCUCCUGCUCAAAGCCGGGCUAACUUCAGACUUGCUUGCUGCACCGAAGGAAUGUGCAGUGACUGAAAAUGAAUGGGAGAAGAACUUCUUUAAAUUGCAUUGAAGCUGAAAACUUACCAGUAUUUGAAAAACAACAGGCACUUUGUACAGCUACUAAUAAAUUUCACAAAUAAAUUGGCAUGUACUUGGAACUAACAGAGAGGAGCCAUUUUGCUCAAAGCAAAGGUGGGCCAGGAACUGACAGGACGUUACAGAGAUGCAUUUCUUCACACACAGGCUAUUCUCUGGCUGUCCACUCUAGUUUUCUGUACCUCAUUCUGAUGUAAACAAGCUACUGAUGAAGAUUAAAUGCUUUGCCAAGUGGCCCAGCAGUCUGCCUGUUCCUGCUGCCAUUAAGAGCAGAGAGACAUUCACACUGGUUUGUGUGGAUUCUUACUUCACGCUGCACAGGGCAAGACUGAGCGCCAGCUUGAGAAGAACAGCAUUUUGUUGAGAUGCUCGGUUACCAGGACCGCUGGCCUCUGCCUCCUGAACCACAAUACUGCUUUUUCCUACCAUUAUGACAGUGCGUGAAUUUGGAGUGCGUGGACGGAGGUCAGUGGAGCAAAGCCACGUUGGGGAAAGUGGAAGCGGUUUGUCAUAGUGGUAUCGGGGAUCACAUUAGCAGUGCCUUGGUAAUGCCGGCCAGCAACCCUCUUGGCACAGGGUUCUCCACCAGAGCAAGGUACGGCUCUGCUGUGACAAAGCUGUACUUACUUUUUUUCUCUCUAGUCUCUAAGUCUCCUGCCAUCUACAGCAGCUCUGCAAGCAACCAGCUUUACACCCCAAGAACCAGCAAAAUUCUCUUGCCUAGCAGAGUGAUCUUUUCAGCUUGAGGACAAAAAAGCAAAUUGUCCUAACAACGAGUUGCCUGUCAGAGAGGUUUAUUCUGAAGGGUCACUAGAGGUAGCUUACACUUUGAAUGAAAUGAAACAGAAUCUCAGUUUGCUCUCUAGCUUCCUAUCUUUCACAUGCAUCUGGUGUUUCAGCAAAUUUUUAAAAAAUUUAUUUUUUUUACUUACAGACAAUAUUAAGGGUGACGUACUGAGCAAACCGUAACAAGUGUUAGCUUUUCUCGUGCCUUUUAGGGAUGGAUUCUGAACUCUGAUCAGUCUGUUAAGAGUAUUUUCUUGCCUGAACACUCCCCCUGGAGCGGCGGGAUCUCUUGCUGGACAGGCACUGCAGGAGGGUGGGCUCUGGGUGCAGAAAGGCAAAAAAACAUCCUGCCAGAUACUUGUUUUUACUGUGAGGGUAUGGAAGGCACAGGGAGUCUCAUGUUGCUGGAGGAUUUAAUAGAAGUGUUGAGACUGUGACUGGAGUUCCAGCUCGGUCUCUCCACCACCUGGCAAGUAGGGUUUUGCACUUUGUAGAAGGAGUUUGCUAAAAUGUCAUUUGCGGCCUUGACUUUGGAGAGCUGGUCUCUCUGCAAGGUGAACAUAGUGCAAGAGAUUGAAAUGGGUCCUUAGUACAAUCAGUCCCUUCUGGUUGAAGAGCUUGGGUCAGAGAAUAAUCAUAUUUGUGGUUGGGAGCAGGGGUGUGGAGAGAAAUCAGCAACAUUACUGCUUUUUAUAUACUUGGGGAAUUGAAAAUUGUGAGGAGCUUAGACUCACCGCAGGAUUUCUGCUGACUUCCCCAAGUUCAGGGUAUCAGAUCACCUUUUCUGUCGGAGCAGGCAGAUGUGCUGCGGUCAAAGGCAUUGGGAUUUCUAGGUAAGGGAGACGCACAAAACCCCAGGUAUUGGUGAAACCAGUUUAAAUUUUUCUUAAAAUACAGGUGGGCACUGCUAGGCCCAUUCAUCACUCACCCAACAAGCUGAAUGUUUGGUGUAACAACACUCUGGGUAUUCCUUGGUUCCAAAGCUGCUGUUCUUAAUAUGGUGACAUCCAGCGAGGUUUCCUCUUGACCCAGGAUACCGAUUGCCCGGGCAGCAGCGCGUCUCAACUUUCUAUAGACUUAAGUGCAAUUGUAUACAUUUGUUACAUAGUUUUCCUUAGGACUGUGUAUAACUACUGUGGUUUGAUGUUUAUGUUUGGUGUAAUCAGUGUCCAUUAAUUCAUCUUUUACAGACGUCUCCAUUGUGCCUUUUUUUUUUUUUUUUAAAUAUUUGUUUUCAUCAACUCAAAGCUACAGUGGAGCAGAUCAGUCUAUAUGGAAUGCUUGAAAGGUCUUUUAAUAAAGAAUUGGCUUCUA